AUGUUGUUCGGGCUCAUCAGCUUCGGAGAACAGGAAUCCACCCCGCCGCCGCCACCACCCCCAAGAGCUUUUUUUGCCUUCUCCCACAUCGUCCACUUCGGCAGCUUUCAGUACCAGGACGGUGUCUAUAUUUCCAGAGAGUCUCCCGCUCCAUCACCUCGAGCUCCACCAAGGGCUUUCUUCACCUUCGGCCCCACUUAUCACGUUCCCCGUCCAAGUCCACGUCGAACCUCUCGCCGAGAUUUCGAGCCGGCAUCACCAGAAGCCCGCGAAGAACUUUUCAAUCGUAGGAGAAGACCUACCGCCGCAAACGCCUCCGAGCCUACCUCAGAGACGAAUUCACCAAGCGCGGACCACCCCCAAUCAGGCUCGAACACCCCUCGUUCAGGGUCAGACACGCCUCUACCAACUUCAGACGGUAGUUGA